CGUCACGCAAUUGUAGCACCCACAUUUCCACUGUGCCAACUGACACAAACACACUCACACACGUAUCAAUAUCUAGAACUCUCCAACAAAACAAAAAACCUCUUCCAUUCAACCAAACCCAAACCACCAAUGGCCGCCGCAGCACCACCACCACCAACAGAAGCCCCCAUAACCAUGCCAGAAACCGCCUUACCACGUCACCCAGUCUUCACACGCAUCCGCUUAGCUACCCCUUCCGACGUUCCCUUCAUCCACAAACUAAUGCAUCAAAUGGCCGUUUUCGAACGCCUCACACACCUCGUCACCGCCACCGAAUCUUCAUACUCCUCCACUCUCUUCACACCUGAUAGCAAACCCUUCCAUUCCACCACCAUCUUCAUCCUUGAAGUCUCUCAAAACCCUUUCACCGACACUCAUUUUAACAACGACCCAUUUUAUAAACCCUUAACAAAAGUUGUGAACUUGGAUCUUCCAAUUAAUGACCCAGAGAAAGAAUUGUUUAGAACUCAGCAUGGAAAUGAUGUUUUUGUUGCUGGGUUUGUUUUGUUUUUUCCUAACUAUUCAACUUUUUUGGGAAAAUCUGGUUUUUAUGUUGAGGAUCUGUUUGUGAGAGAGUGUUAUAGGAGGAAAGGGUUUGGGAAAAUGUUGCUUACUGCUGUUGCGAAACAAGCGGUGAAAAUGGGGUAUGGAAGAGUUGAAUGGGUUGUGCUUGAUUGGAAUGUUAAUGCUAUUAAGUUUUAUGAGGAUAUGGGUGCUAAGGUUUUGCAGGAAUGGAGGCUUUGCAGACUUACUGGAGAGAAUUUGGAGGCUUAUGGAGCUACUGAUUAAGUCUAUGUUUGAUAUUACGGUAGGUAUGUUAGAAUCACAUGCAGAGGCGAUCUACAGUGAUUUUUCAAAUGCUACUAUGAUAACUAGAAUUAUGAUGUUUUCUUUUUUCUUGUUUUUUUAGAAAAAAGAAUUUGGGUUUGGAAUUUGAAAACUUUUUUACUGUCGUUUGUUGUAAUUUGAGUUUGGAUUUUGCUAUGUUAUUUUACUGAUGCAAACUUAUGUCAUUGUAAUUGGAUGUUGUUGUUAUUUUAAGGAUCUCGUCUGAUUUAGUACUAGUAAUGUUAUUGGUCUAA